GCUCGGGCUCCUGAUUUGGACACCGUCCGGAGACUGAACCUUUGGGGAAGUAAUCUGAAAGAUUGAACGAUCAUCCCCGGUGGUGGCUCCCAGCCUGGCACAGCAGGCUCCCACUGUGGCCUGGCUGUGUGGCAUUGUGACCUCUCGGCCUCUCUCACCCAUCUUCUGGCAUUGACGUGAUGGCAUGUCGGCAUUACGUGGCAUGGCAACCUCCUGACCUAGCACAGCAGCCUCCUGGUCUCCAUAUUAAGGGAGAUGUCCAACAUAGAAGUGAUUACAUUAAGUGCGAACAACAUCUCCUCUCUAGUGGAUUUCCAAUACUGUCAGAAUAUUAGUGAGCUUUACCUCCGCAAGAAUAAUAUUCAGAAACUGGCAGAGAUCUGCUACCUGAAGGAACUGCACCGCCUCAGAGUACUGUGGUUAUCGGAAAAUCCUUGCUGUGGGGCAGACCCUCACAAGUACAGAAUGACUGUCCUGCGCAACCUGCCACACCUACAGAAGCUGGAUAACCAAGUUGUGACAGAGGAGGAAGUGGCUCAGGCUUUAGAGGAUGGAGAAGAAAUGGUGGCCAUGCACAGCAAAGAGCCCAUGGAGCCAAUAAGGAACUGCUCGAGAAGAGAAGUCAGCACCUCUGAAUCAAGCACUCAAAUGGAAAGUGAUGUCUUGAGUUUCAGGAUGGAAGAGACAAAUAAAAUUCGUGAAGAACUUGGAAUGAAACCGCUGGGAAGAGACAAAUUUUUCUCCUCUGUUGGAGUGAAGGACCGAAAUUCCUACAAUGGCACCCAAAGGUGCACUUCCAAUGUCCUGAGUGCUGUUCUUUUGCUCUUGAAAGAGCUCGAUGGAGAUGGGCUGGAGAUUGUAUACAGAAUGACAGAGCAAAAACUCCGAAUAUUGCACAGGAAAGAGACUGAACAGGACCAAUGAGCUAUAACCAACCAAACUCACAGACAGUGCAAGUUGAUUUUGACUCAUGGGAGCUGUUUAAAAAUUCAAGGAAAUGCUAGAGAACAUUAAAACUGUGACUUGUAGAGUUGAGGUGAAGCGACUUCACUGAAGUGUUACCAUCAUAGACCUAGAAGGUAUCCAUCCCAUUAUUUACAUACCAUUAUCCUCCCUAACAGGAACUGCUUUUUGUAACUAUUGAAGUAGCUGCAUAAACAUUUCAAUCCUUGUAAUCACCACUCCUGGUUUAACUGAAGAGUCCAGAUUCACCAGUCAACCCUCAAAUUAAUGCAAAUAUGACUGAGGAGAUUGGUUGUGUUACUGUAUAAAAGAUAGCAGCAUAAUAAAAGGGAACAUUUGCAAGGAAAAUUAAUCUCAUAUUUCCUCUCUAAAGCUUUAAGGAUUUAAUAUUGCUUGUUAGAACUUUUGUCCUCUUAUCCUUGCAACUAGUACUUAGGCAUCCAUUUUUGCCUCAAGUAAUGAUCUGAAUAAAAAUCUAUUAUAAAAAUGCUAUCAUCAGUGCAUCAAUAUGCAGAGCAUGGACCUUGACAAGAGCAGUGCCAAGAAAGUCCUGUGUUUGUAUUACCCACAAAUUUUGUGUGUCCAGUCACUCACUAUCUGAAGACUUCUGAUGUUUUAUUAUGGACAGUUUAAUUAAGCUGGUGUUAUCCCUCCUAUUUGAACAGCCAUCACCACCAGCUUUUGCAUGGACAAACACUUGCUUAAGUUCUAUGGUCAUGUAAGUGUUGAUGGAGGAGGAACGAGAGGGAAACCUGCGAUCAAAUUCAGAUCCCAGUGUAGUAAAACACGUGAAUUUAUUUAUUUAGACCACAGGUUUUAUGAAUUUGCUGGACUUUCCUAUCUCUAGCUUGCUGUCUGGACCAAGAUAAGAAUGCAGUAGCUCAUUAUUACCAAGUAUGUUAUAGCAUCCACUGAAAGACUCCUGGCUGUAAUGUGUGUAACUAAAUGUUUCGACACUUUUAUGUUUUUGUUUUCAGAGCGAUAAACUGGUGUAUAAUUUGAGUAGUGCA